AUGGCUUCAUCACUCAGGGGCCAAAUCAUGAGGGUGCCCGACUGGCGGCCCAUCUUUGACAAGUGGGACCAUGCCGUUAACCCUAUGUACCGAAAACUAAUACCCGUGGUGGAGAGCACGCUAGAACGGGUUGUUAGUGAUCCAAUCCGCCUAGCAAAGCUCAAGAAGUCCGACUUUGCCUUGUUUGCAUCGAGCUGGGUUCCGGAAGCUGACUGGGAGGUCCUCAAGACAAUCGCCGUCUUUUGCUUGUGGAUGUUUCUGUUUGACGACACCAUAGACGCUCAGAUCAUUCCAGGGGUCACAAACUAUGCUUCAAGCUAUGAGCUUGCCUCCAAAUAUCGUCGGCGAACACUCGACUUCAUACACUUCCACCUCGGUCUCUCUGUGACUGGAAGCGGUGAACCAGUAUGCCCUCACAUUGUGUCUACCCUCUUCGCCGAAGUUGCUCUUCAUUUCCGAAAGCUUCUCGACAAAUCCCAGAGGAAGGCAUUCUAUGGCUCCCUGAAGUACUUCAUUGAGGCGACCGGCCCAGAACAGGCUAAUCGUCUGUCGGGCGAGCUGCCCAGGGUCGCGGAUUUCUACGAAUGGAGACUAGGUACCACUGCUGUGGACGCCAUGUGUGACCUUGCCUGCGCCUUUGUACGUGGAAACAUUCCAACCGAGAUACUCCGGGCUGAAGAACCCAUCUUGCGGCUCGAAGCCAACAAAAACACCAUAUUUGUCAACGAUAUUCUAUCACUGAAGAAGGAGAUCAGAGACGAUACACUCAUGAAUCUUGUCGUGCUCACAAUGGCAGAGACGGGCAAUAACCUGGAAUCAGUCAUCAACACUCUGUCCGGGGAGCUCAUCAAAUGUGGACAGAACUUCGACGCAUCGUCACAUCGGAUGCGUGCCAUGGCCGCCGAGUACGGUCCCAGUACGCAGCGAGACGUAGAGAAACUGAUUACAGAAUACCAGCGAAUCAUAACGGCAGUCUGGACAUGGACCUGCCUGACUCCGCGUUAUGGUAUGGCAGGUUACAGGUGUGAUGACGGGUCUUUUCUGAUUCCCCUUUGA